AUGACGUGCACUUGCACAUUUUCGUCGAUGCGAGCGAAGCAAGCGGGCUUCGCUGCGGUAGCAUACCUUAGGUAUCAAGAAGGAUCAAACAUCGAAUACACACUAUUGGCCUCUAAGACAAGAGUUUCUCCGCUAAAAUUUUUAUCCAUUCCCCGGUCCGAGCUUCAGGCUGCCGUCAUCGGAGUGCGCUUAGCAGAUACAAUUCGCAGAUCAUUGUCGAUAAAAGUUAAGCAACGAUUUUUCUGGACGGACUCCAAAGACGUUUUGUGCUGGCUGAAUUCGGAUCACCGCCGUUACAGCCAAUUUGUUGCCUUCCGAGUCAGCGAGAUUUUGGAGGCCUCUGACGUUCGAGAAUGGCAUUGGAUUCCAAGCAAGCAGAAUGUAGCGGAUGAAGGAACGAAGUGGAGCAAAAAUAUCAAUCUGUCAGCCGCUGCGCGUUGGUUCGUCGGCCCAGAGUUCCUGUGGACGUCAGUUGAGUUUUGGCCGCUUCAUAAACUUCGCAUCAACAGCACUACCGAAGAGCUGCGUCCACAUCUGUUAGUACACACGGAGGGUAAUACUUGCGUAAUAGACGUACAUCGCUUUUCAGAUUGGCAGAAAUUACUUCGUUGUACUGCCUACGUUCUCCGUUACGUGAGAAAUCUGAAGCUCUUCGUAGGUAAUAAUGACCGUACCUUCGGUCCACUGCAGCAUUGGGAGCUGAACAAGGCCGAGAACUACCUGCACCGUGAAGCUCAGAGAACAGUCUUUGCCGAUGAAAUUGCCAUUUUAUCAAGGGACCGGGAAACAGAGAAUCCGGACAAGUGUUUACCAAGAAGCAGUUCGCUGUUCCGUCAGUGCACCUUUCUAGAUGAAGCCUAUGUUAUCAGGAUUCGGGGUAGAACACAAGCCUGUGCCUUCAUUACCCGCGACGCAGCUCAACCAAUCGUUCUUCCACGCGAUCAUCCAAUUACCACACUCAUCCUCCUAGAUUUCCAUAAACGCUUCAAUCACCAAAACCACCAAACAACAAUUAAUGAAGUACGUCAACGCUACCACAUUCCGAAACUGAAAGUAGCCUAUAAGAAUGCCCGCAAGGGCUGUCAAAAGUGUAAAAAUGAUCAAGCUUCUGCACAACCUCCAAUUAUGAGCGCCCUACCGAUGCAACGCCUUGCAGCAUACACACAUUCAUGCCUGCUGGCGAUACGAAACAUAAUAGCACGAAGAGGAACACCAGCAGUUAUUUUCAGCGACCGUGGCACCAAAUUUCAAGGCGCUAGUAAAGAGCUGAAAGCUGUUUUGCAGAACAUCAACCAGGACCAACUCGUCCGGGAGUUCAUGACACCGAAUACUGAGUGGACUUUUAUACCACCCGUCUCACCACAUAUGGGAGGAGCGUGGGAACGCCUGAUCCGAACUGUGAAAGCUAACUUAUCCAAGUUGCAAUGGGGAAGGCUUCCCACCGACGAGGUUCUUAACAACACACUGUUGGAAAUCGAAAAUGUGGUGAAUUCAAGACCACUGACUGAAAUCCCUAUGGACAACGACGAAUCACCUGUGUUGACACCGAACCAUUUCCUGCUCGGUUCGUCGAACGGCCUGAAACCAUGGGUACCAUAUAACGAUAAUCCGACCGUUCUCCGGAACAGCUACAAGCAAUCACAAAUUAUGGCUAACGAAUUCUGGAGAGGCUGGUUAAGAGACUAUCUUCCUGAAAUUACUCGACGCACCAAAUGGUUUGGUAAGGUCAAACCAAUCCAAGUUGACGAUGUGGUGAUCAUUGUGGACCCUAACUCUCCACGCAAAAGUUGGCCACUAGGACGCGUAAUAGCCACCAGGUCUGCGGCAGAUGGGCAAGUCAGAAGUGCAACUGUUCAAACCACUCGAGGCAUUUAUGAGAGACCUGCCGUUAAGCUCGCCGUAUUGGACGUACAAGAAUGCUUAUCACAUCACGUACCAUUCAGUGGGCGGAAGUUUGAUCCAGAUCUAGUUUUCCCAGUUUCACUCCUCUUGUUAGCCUUGUCUGGGAAUGUCUGGGAUCCGCUCUCCAAAAAUAGGUCACCCCAGUCACGCCAAAAGUAUUCCACUGUUUUCCUGCUCCCGACCCGCGUGGGAGCGAUACCGGCACCGAUGGCGACGACGGCGAUGGAGCAGAUAUGCUUAUCCCUGGCUAUCCCACACUGUCGUGCAUCUUUGAUCUGGUCUUCUGGUGAGCGGUUAAGCCAUCUAGGAGAGGUGGCCGUUGCCGAGAAACAGCAUCACAAACGGAAUCGUUGCAGAAAAAACAAACGGAAACUCGCGUUUGUGGACGUUAAAGAAAUAUUCAUCCAAACAGGAAGUGUAUGUUUAAGGGCGACGACAACAUCGCCGUCGUCCACGUUCCCGAUAGUGAGCAGUAGUAGGUAA